UAAGGAACUUUUGGUAACAAACGGUCAAACUAUGAACACCUACGGGUAAAAACCUCCCAAACCCUUCGUUGCUAAGCUUUCUCUUCGUUUAAAUAUCAAACUUUCUUCAUCCCGAAACCAUCCAACAAAACAUCAAACAUGUCUUCUUCUCUUUCAACUUUUCCUGAUCACGAUGCCGAGAUAUGGAUUGUUCCAUUCUUCGGCCAAGGCCAUCUUUAUCCUUGCAUGGAAUUAUGCAAGCAAUUAGCCUCCCGUAGUAUCAAAUCCUCCCUUAUCAUUUCUUCCAAUAUCGCCAGUAACAUCCCUUCCUCUCUGGGUCAAUUUCCUCUCGUUCAAAUUACUGAAAUACCCUCGUCUCCGCCUCCGACGUUGCAGCCUAGCUCGGUCUCGGACCCUCUUCAACACCACCGUCACCAGCACGCUCAGAUGGCCCAGGGCCUUCAGAAUCUUUUUUCGACCCGGGUCCCACCGGUUUGUGCUAUUGUUGAUGUUAUGAUGUCCUGGACGGCUGAUACUUUCAAAAAGUUUGGAGUUCCGAUGAUCGGGUUUUUCACUUCGGGCGCUUGCUCUGCUGCUAUGGAGCAUGCCAGCUGGAAGGCCCACCCAGAAGAUCUAAAACCCGGGGAGAUCCGUUUGCUGCCUGGGUUACCCGAAGAAAUGGCUUUAACUGAGUCGGAUCUUAAACGCAAGCCUCACGGACCUCCAGGUGGUACGUUCGGCUCACAAGGUGGUGCUGGCCCAUUUCCAGGAGCAGGCCCAAGACCGGGUUUCCCUGGCCCACCGGGCGGAGGCCCGAGACCAGGAUUUCUUGGUCCACCUGGCGCACCUGGGCCUAAGAUGAUGGGCCCACCUCGUCCGGGUCAACAACCACCGUGGGUGGAGGAAGUAGCGGGCUCAAUCGCGAUGGUGCUCAACACGUGUGACGAGCUCGAACGACCGUUCAUCAAGUACCUAGCUGAUCAAACGGGAAAACCAGUUUGGGGAGUCGGACCACUAUUACCGGAACAAUUCUACAAAUCAGCCGGUUCAUUGCUUCACGACCGCGAGAUAAGGACGAACCGCUGGUCUAACGUGACAGAAAACGAGGUAAUCGAAUGGUUAGAUUCGAAGCCACGUGGAUCAGUGUUAUACAUUUCAUUCGGUAGUGAAGUCGGUCCCAAUAUGGAGGAGUACCCACAGAUAGCGGACGCAUUGGAAGCAUCAAACCAGCCAUUUAUUUGGGUCAUCCAAUCCGGAGCAGGUAGAUCGGGUCCGCCACGUCAGCUACUGGGCCUAAGCGGCCCAGAAGGCGAAGAAGAAGGGUAUUUUCCACAUGGGCUGGAUAGUAAAGUUGGGAAAAGAGGUUUGAUAAUACGCGGAUGGGCACCACAAUUAUUGAUACUGAGUCACCCGUCGACGGGCGGAUUUUUAACGCACUGCGGAUGGAAUUCAACGGUGGAAGCACUCGGGCGUGGGGUCCCAUUUUUGGCGUGGCCAAUCAGAGGGGAUCAAUUUGAUAAUGCAAAAUUGGUGAUCAAUCAUCUGAAAGUGGGGUACAUGGUUCGUGAUGACCAAUCAAAAUUGACGAGGAAGGAUGAUAUAAUAAAGGGAAUCGAAAAGCUGAUGGGAGAUGAAGAAAUGAAGAAGGGAGCUGAAAUUAUUGGGAAGAAAUUUGCGAAUGGUUUUCCUGCCAGUUCAACUGCUUCUUUGGAUGCCUUGACUGAUUUUAUUAUUAGGCAGAAAGCAGUUUAGACGUAAACUUUAUUUUGUACGGCUGAAAUAUUGCCAUAUGAUAUGAAAAGAUCAAUUACAUUUUGCAUA